GACAAUAUGACCUUCGAGCUGCUCAUAUCAAUGAUAUAAUUGCCUUAUCUGCGGCCUUCUCCCAUUACACGAAUUCCGCGAUCUAGCCUGAUUAACGGCCCAGCCCCUUUGCAGGUAAACAUCGUGGCUUCGAUGGUUUAAAAGGCUGCCGAUUUUUGUUGAUAUUCCUGUGCUCCCUAAUAUCUAAUAUCCACUCUGUUCCCAUCGUUCGCCAACCCAUAUGGCAACGUCUCCGGUAGCAGAGGUCAGUCAGCAGCUCUGGGAUGAGACGCUGGGUAGACUUCUGAACCUGUCAUCGGCGACAAUUAAGCGGAAUGCUGACCUCGAGAAUCGCUUAGCUGAACUCGAGGUCGAGCUUGCGGUCUGGAAACAAGCCCAUGCGACAGCACUUGAAGGCGCAGACAGGGAGGCCAAGGCUCUCAAAGGGAGGUUGGCUUCUCUGAAUUCUCAGGUGGCGUCGAUGGAAACCUUCAUGAGUCAGAGUCUACUCGUACUCUGCGUCAUUGACGGGGAUGCUUGUAUUUUUAAUGACUUACUCCUUAGGCAAGGCCACGAAGGUGGCCGCCAGGCCGCCCAACAAUUGACGAGGGCAGUCGCGGAUUAUUUAACCAGCGAGGACAUUCACGUUCUCGGCCGACUGUCAUUUUGGGUAACGAUUUACUUUAACAAGGCCGUACUGGCGAAUGUUCUCGAGCGACAUAAAUUAUGUAGCCCGGAGCAACUCGAUGCCUUCAUUAUGGGUUUCAGCCAGUCUUCGCCUAGGUUUGUUUUGGUUGAUGUCGGAUACGGCAAAGACGCCACCUUCACGAAAAUUACAGAGUAUCUCCAAACAUACCUGCGCUUUCCCCAAACUCAACGGAUUUUCUUUGCCGGCGGUCAGGAAAACACUUACGCUCCAACUAUUGCUGCCUUGCAAAAUGACGGACUUUUGGGAAAAGUUGCUUUCUUAGAAGCCUGCCGCACGAGCCCCAACUACGCGCAAAAACACCGUUUGCCGAUUUUGAAUGUGGAGACAUUGUUUAUCAACCAGAGGCUCUCACCACCAUUGAGGACCCCUCCACCACUGAAUAUGAACGGUCUCAGUCCCACACUGACAUCUGGUGGAUUACCGACACCGCACUCGCCGCCAAGCAUGAGCGCUUCCGCGACGGGAAGGCUAGUUGACCCGACGUUGCCCCUUCAUAAGCAUUCUCCCCCACCUUGUAAUGAAUUCUAUCUCAUGUCCUGCACUAAAGGCGGGGCUUGUAAAUAUUCGCAUGACUAUAUCCUGACGCCAGAUCAGCUGGCUACUCUUGCUGCUAACGCCAAGAAAGCUCCUUGUAAUUUCCUGAAAAAUGGUCUCCUAUGCCCAUACGGCGAGCGGUGCUGCUGGGGUCAUGUAUGCCCUAACGGUCCGAAGUGUUUCCACCUGAGUAAGGGCAAAUGCUGGUUCAAAGGCGAAAGCAUGCAUAAUGUUUCGCCUCAUCUAUCACCUUAGUCUACCUCAACACAUGCUUGCCUGUUACUGAUUUGAUUUAUGUGCCGCAUGGCCUAUACGAAGGUUUUUGCUUGACGUUUUAUCGCGUUGCCCUCUGCUCUUUAUUUGCUUACAACAUUGUUGUUCAUUACAUGUUAUUGUAUGGAUCGGAUAUGCAUUAUUAUUUAUGGAUGUACUUCGAAUAACGA